GAGCGCGCUGUCAGGUUGCUAGGGACAGACGGGAGUUCGUCGACGCCUCACUUUGAUGUAAAGACAUGGAUGACUGGAAUGAUACAUAUGACGGUUGUGAUCCAAAUGAUGAUUAUCUUGGAGAUGAGAUGGCUGGAUUGGACGAUUAUGCUGACACUAGUCCAGAUUUAAAUGACUAUGAUCGGUAUGAGGAUUAUGAUGACAAUGGCAUGUAUGACUUCGAGGGUGAUGCAGAUGACUUUGAAGAAAUGUAUUCACCAGGAAGUGAUUCAUACGAGCAGCUUCAUGGUAAUGUGGGUUCAUUUUUGACGUCCUCAAACCUCAAAUUUGAUGUCAGCAAGGGCAUAUUGGACCCAAAAUCUGCCCAGUUAUCCUCGAAUGUGAGGUCACCACCACGAAAAUGGCACAAAAUAAGUGAGAGAUGGCAGCCACAAUUGGAGAGGCUUGCCAACAUUGAGGAAAGUAGAGUUGUCAGAGUUGGAAGCCUCAUAUAUUCAAAAGACGAGGAAUUUCGUAUUGCAAAUGGAAGUGAUGGAAGUGAGGUGUUUCUGGGGCUAAGGGAGGAUGGCACUGAAGUUGCCAUCAAGAGAACAUCUAAAAUCAACUAUCAGCUGUUGAAGAAUGAGGAAGAGUUUUUACGAUGUCCAGAGCUUGAUAAUAAUUCAAUUGUGCGAUAUUUUGACAUGGCGGAGGAUGAGAAUUUCGGCUACCUUGCUCUUCAGCUAUGUGAAUAUACCCUGGAAGAGUAUGUCGAAAUGGAGUUCCCCAAAGACACUUUCACUUUGUUGAAGAAAGACCUUGUAAAUCAGAUUCUCACCAGUUUACAAGUGCUUCAUAGUCAAACUCCUCAUAUCCUCCAUCGGGAUCUCAAACCUCAGAACGUGUUAAUAGAUGUUAACAAGAAGGCCAGAUUGGCAGAUUUUGGCAUAAGUAGAAGAUUACCCAAAGGACGAACAACUUUGCUUACUAGAAGAGCAGGAACAAAGUGCUGGAUGGCCAAGGAGACAUUGAAUGAAGAUGAUACCAUACCAUAUAAGAGGAGCACCGAUAUACAGGUGGCUGGGAUGUUGAUAUAUUACAUUUUCUCUGGAGGACAUCAUCCAUUUGGCAAAGGCUUUGAGUGUGAGUACAACAUUUAUAACGGCAAGUAUAAGCUGGAACAUGUCCGGGACGUGGUUGCAGUGGAUCUUGUUGAGUCCAUGAUAAAUGAAGAUCCCAAAAAAAGACCAACGGUGGAUCAAUGUUUGGCUCAUCCCUUUUUCUGGCUCGAUGAACGGAAAGUCGAAUACUUGAGAAGGGUUGGCAAUCUGGAAGAGGUGGAGAACUGUCGGAAAACUGACCCGGGACUGAUUCGUUCACUGGAUCAGUCUGCUGAGGGGGGACUGUUCAAUUGUUGGAAAAACAAGUUCCCACCUGAGCUGGUCAAGAAGUUGGACAGCUAUAAGAGGAGCUACCCUGAGAAUUCAAUGGGACUACUACGCUUCAUACGCAACCUCCAGGAGCACCACUUUGAGGAUGCAGCCAGUAUAGAUCUGAUGACACUCUUUCCAGAUCUCUUCAUAUGGGUUUACAAAUUCGCCAAACAACAAGGGUGGCACUCGAGGCCAGUCCUGAUAAAAAUGUUUUAGAAAAAUGGGAAUUCGCCACAAAAACCAGAGAAUAGGAUGUGCCCCAGUACGUCUGUGCAAGAAUCCCAACUUGAUGACUUGAGCUGGACUUCAAAAGUUGGAUGAGAUUCGAAUGGGCUGAGACAGAUGAUGAGGGAUUUUAGUGUGAUUGUCACUGGUGUACUGAUAUAUAGUUGGAACUUGACAAAGAAUUCUGGCCACGGCUAAAGCAUUUGUUGACAUGCAACUUAUUCCUUAAGUACUUGGAAAGAAACGUGGAGAGACAGUGAUUCUGUGCAGAACGUGAAUGACCUACUCAACUCUUUGCAAUCCCUCAGUGCUGUACAUUGUAUGUAUAUAUGUAUCUAUAUGUGUUUCAAUGAUCUAAAAAUGAAUAUUUUUAAGAAAUCAAUUCAGUUCAACUUGCCAUUUCUUUCUUUGCCAAAGAAAGAAGUCCAAACUUUUUUAAAACAUUUAUUUUAUAGUGUUUUUAUGCAUGCUCAAUAUUCCAGGUAAGAAAAUCACAGAAAGUGAUUAAACUUUGUG